AGUCCCAGAGAAGAAAUAACACAAAGAAUUACUCUGUUUAUUUCUCCGAUCAACAUGCUGAAGGAAGUUUGUUUUCUGUUGAUGGCCACAUACGUGGCAGCCACUUAUAACAUUGGCUAUCCUACAAUUCCAUCAUACCCCACCUACCCCUCCGGUGGAUACAGGUACAUCGUCUACAUCCAAUAUCUUUACUACCUUUACGUCAUAUAUGGACCCACCUCUGUCCAAUAUGUCCAGUACUACCAGUACUUGGUCCGACUGCAUAUCAUCCCUCAGGGAUUCAGGUUUGGAGGUGGUGGUUUCCCGGGCGGUAUUGGAGGUGGAAGUCAAAUAAUAGGAGGUGGUAGCGGUAUAACCCCUAUCGGAGGAGGAUAUAUCCCAAGUGGUGGAUUUCCAUAUGGCGGUGGAAACUUAGGUGGAAUUGGUGGUAUUGGUGGCAUUGGAAGUGGCAUCGGUGGUGGUCUUGGCGGUAUUGGAGGAUUCCCAUCUAGUACUGGAGGAAGCGCACUCAGUGUCUCCAGUGGUAGUUCAUUCCAAAGUGGCAGUCUCGGAGGUGGUCUCGGAGGAGGUCUUGGUAGCGGCCUUGGAGGUGGUUUUGGUGGAAUUGGAGGUGGUCUUGGAGGACUCGGAGGUGGCUUUGGAGGAAUUGGAGGUGGUCUAAGUGGAUACGGAAGUGGUCUUGGUGGACUCGGAGGUGGUUUUGGAGGUGAUCUAGGAGGUCUUGGCGGUGGCAUUGGAGGUGGUCUAGGUGCCCUUGGCGGUGGCCUUGGAGGUAGUCUAGGAGGUCUUGGAGGCGGACUCGGAAGUAGUCUAGGAGGUCUUGGCGGCGGACUCGGAAGUAGUCUAGGAGGUCUUGGCGGCGGACUCGGAAGUAGUCUAGGAGGUCUUGGCGGUGGACUUGGAGGAGGUCUAGGUGGCGGCUUUGGAGGCCGCAAAAAGCUAGGCUACUACUGAGAUACCCAGGGACUAACUGAGAUUGAUUUCGUGUUCGACUUUGAUUGUGUUUAUAAUUUUUCAUAAUUGUUAGGUUACGGAAUAAACAGAUAAAACUUAA